CUGCUUAAGGAUCACAAAACAUGCACUAAGAAAAACAAAAGGCACUAUUUUUGAGUCUUCACAUCACUGGUUCAUCAUCUCCACCAAAUUAAAGAGAGAAAAAAAAAAUCGAUGAUGGAAAAUAUUGAAAAGAUUAAUCACCACAACACCAAAUUCAUCGACGAAAAUGGGCAGUUACAAACAAUCAAAAUUCCAGUAGUUCAAGACUUGGCCCGACUGAAGACCAUACCCGAAGAGUUCAUCCAAAAUCCGGUUGCAGCCCACCCGUUUCCUUCCAACGCCUUGCUUGACGCGAUAGACAUGGCAAAACUCCGGAGCAAGUCGGGUCGGGUCAUGGAGCUGAGGAAACUGGGCAGCAUCUGCGGGGAAUGGGGUAUGUUUACGAUCCGAAACCACGGGUUGGAUCCACGGGUUAUGGAGGAGGUGGAACAAGUAGUGAAGGAAUUCUUCGAGCUGCCGUUCGAGGAGAAAAAAUCGAGUGUGGGAACGUACAUGGAUGCGGAUAACAUGGGAUAUGGCCGGAAUUUCUUCAAGUCGAAGCUCCAGCCGUUGGAUUGGAUUGAUCGCUUGACUAUGAGGGCGGCUCCGGUGGGCUCUGCCGACGGCCUCCGAGUUUGGCCCAAUAAUCCACCCAAUUUCAGGCCAACCCUAGAGAAUUAUGUGAAGGCUGCUCGAGAAGUUCAUGACGAACUUCUCGAAGCCCUUGCAGAAGCCAUCUCACUCGAUACACACUCUUUUUUACAAUAUUUUGAUCCACACACGAGUGAGAUCAACGUUCGUAUAAACCAUUAUCCGUCUUGCCCCCAACCCGAUUUAACAAUAGGCUUGGUCCCACACACGGACGCUGCUGCCCUGACUCUCUUGACUCAAUUUGGAUCCGAAAAUGGGCUCCAAGUAAUGAAGGACAAUCAAUGGAUCACAGUGCCAUGGCCAUGCGACUCAUUGCUCAUAAAUGUUGGAGAUUGCAUUGAAAUAAUGAGUAACGGGAGGCUCAAGAGCUCGUGGCACCGGGCCGUGGCCCAACCAGAUAUGGGCCGGUUCUCGGUCGCGUUGUUUUACAGGCCACCAAGGGGAGCUGAGUUUGGGCCUGCAAAUGAUGGUGAGCCCAAUAAGUAUAAGAAAGUUGUUGUGGGGGAAUAUUUGGACCACUUUUACGAAGUAAGCCCAACAGUUACUAAACAAGCCAUAAUGUUUGCCAAAUUUAAUUAAUUAUUGUGAAAAAUAAUUUGAACCAUUGUUCAUUUGUAAGUAUGGGUUGAUAGUAUUUCCAAAAAUAAAAUGUAACCUUUUCAUCUA